AUGGUUGACUUUAUUCGAAACCACACAUAUGACCUUCACUGGCCACCUCCAUUGCUUCGCGGGAAAACGCUGCGCGUUGCAGUCUCGCUGUUAUUUGUGCUUCACAACGUCAGCGCCAACACAGCCGUUCCCCGGUGCGGCCAGACUGCAGCGACGUCUCCAGUUUCCGUCCGUCACCUUGGUGAAGAAGAUUCGUCUGUAUAUACCAAUCUGAUGGAUUCGGUAAGCGUCCCGCCGUCUGUGGGACAAACCGUGGAUGCAGAGUCCAGUUUGAAGAAGCUGCUAGACUGGGAACGCGUGCAACAAACGAUUCAAGACAUUGCCUCAGUCAGUGAUCUCCCCAAUAGCGUUGAGAAUGCGGCAUUAUAUGGGAUUCUACACGACAAGCUGGAACGACUGCGAGAACGACUGGCAGAGGGCUUCCAGGGAUCCUACAACUUUGCGAGUGCCACUGUGCCAGUCUCAAAGGUACUGUGUAGCGAGCAACCAAAUGCUCGCGGAUGUACCAAUGACGUCAGCAGCGGAACGCAAGGCUCGCUGAUUCAGCAGGCGUCAAGCGCCUCUUUCGUUGGGCGUGUAAGUGGCCUCUCCGACGCCGACGCUUCCCUCAAUCUUCCAUUCGAGGGACUGGUAACUUCACUACCUGUUCAAAUUCAAGAACAGAUACAAAAGAACCUUCAGAUUGAGCAGGCCAUCUUAGAGCACAAGCUGCUCAUGCAGCAGCUGGCCUUAAACAAGCAGAUUGAGGAGUUUCGGAAGGACGUCGCCUUUGAGGAGUGGCUGGAUUUCUGGAAUCAGUUGGGACCCCAGGUUUAUGACCAGCCGGUACCCGAAGACACCACAGACGAUACUGAGGCAUCCGAAUUGCUAGAAAGACUUGCGUCUCGGUACCCACAACUCUUCGAAGACCAAACGUUUACGACACUACCGAGCCACAAACCUCCGCUAACAAUACAAAAUACACCUCUGUUUGCAGCAGGAGGAACACAAAGCACGAAUUAUGGAAGACCAACGGAAGAUAGACGCUCUGCACUCAGCGCCCCUGCCCAGCCUCAAACAUACCGGCAACCUCCUCCACCACAGGCACAGAGCAUAGAGUACAGUAAUGUUCAGAUGCCUUUGGCGCAGGUUGCGUACUCGGAAUCGCGGCAAGAAGUUCCGAGCACGUUGGAAAAGCGAUUGAUCUCCGCCACAACUACGGCUACGACCUCUGUCAACCAGUCGCAAUAUAUAGGGCGGUUUGUGCAGCAACCUGAGGCCGGACCAGAUUUGAGGACGACUAGAGGCCAAUUUGAAUUCCAGCCCUCAUCUUCUUUGUCCCAGACCGUGACAGUUCAGACGCCCAGAGCAGUCGAGGACACGUCGCUCAAGGCUAUGGCGUACACUGACAAGAAGGUACCGUCUGCUCAUCCGACGCCAACUCUCCGCGGAAUAUUCUCAAACACGGGACCGGCUACCGACAAAACGAUUGUUGACCCUCAGCUCGAUCAGAACAGCAUGAUGGUGCCAUCUGUCGGUGCUGGCGCGGCUGGUUUGCUAGACAGUCCCAUUUUUGGGCGUCACUCCACAAGUUUUUCCAGAGAGAAAGAAAAUACUGCACGGCAAGAGAUAUCGGGAAGCGGACCGUUCUUGAAUCUCAUUACAACGCUGCGGGACAUGUUGACUUGA